CGGGUAUCGGAUCCAAAAUUUUCUGAUCCCCGGAUUCGAAACUUCUCUUGCCCUAAAAUCAGCAAAAACCCAACGUGAACAGCAGCAGAAGCGAGACGACACUUCUGACUGGGUCCUCCGCUGUUUCGGAUUUCGCGAUCGAGUUGCUUUUUCGAUCUUCGUCUUCUUGAUGAUGAUGGAUUCGCCUUGAUAAAAAAUCGUUGAUCGAUUCAGUCCUCCGAAAGAUGUCGAAUCACUCCAGUGAUGAGCCUAGUACCGCUCCGAAGACAGAUCAAUGGUAUGAUCUUGUCUUGGGUUCCUCUGCCAAAGAUGAUUCAUCUCAUAAGUUCUGCACUUUGCGAUAUGAAUUCAAGCCUGCUUCAAUUGACAAGAACAGGUCAGGGACUUUGCACAAGAAGAAGGAUAACAGAGUUUCAGUUGCGUUUCAGAAUAACCAACCUGGUAGACCCAAGGUGACGUUUGAAGGUAGCAGUGAGGAUUACAAAGAAAACGAUGCGGUUUUGUUUUUUGAUGGGGAGAAGUUUCGUUUGGAGAGAAUGCAUCGGGCUGUGAAGCAGCUGCGUCAUGUUAGGACACCUGGUGAAUCUGCUGCGGCUUCUCAGGCUGCUGCGUCUGUCGAGCAUCGGUUAUCUCCUGUUGGUCGUGCUGCUAGAUCUCCGCAAGUGAAUAGAAGUUUGCGUCCAGAUGUAGCUGUUGAGGUGGAAAGAAUCGAAAUUGGCAAGUCAGAGAACUCAGUUGAACCUGCCGUAGCUGGAAACGUAUCCGCUAUCUCUCCAGUGGAGGACAAGAACGAUGAUGGAGAUGAGCAUCGCGAGAUUGAUUUUGUAGAAAUAUUCGGCUCAUUCACUCCAGAGAACGACAAUGCAGAGAAAGAGAAUGCUGACGGUGGAGAAUAUGUGGAAAACUUAAACAAGCAGCUUAGCAUCACGGAAGAAGAGAUUGCAGACGUAGAUGAUGAUAGUGGCGGUGAAGGAGAAAAGGGUCUUAACGCAGCAGAAGCACUUAGAGCACAAGUGAACCAGGAACAAAAGGGUCAAACCUCAAGCUCAAGCAGUAGCAGUGGAAGCAGCAGCGGAAGUGACAGCGAUGGUCGUAGCAAAAGUGUAAGCAGCGGAAGCGGCAGUGGCGGCCAGAGUAGCAGCGGAAGCAGUAGCCGUGGAAGUGGAGGUAGUGACGAUGAAGAUGAAGUCAACUCUGUGUAACAAAAAAAAAAACAACAACAGCUCCAACAACUUUGGUAUCAAACAAUAUUUCCAUAUUUAAGACUUGCUGUCUGAAUAAUUUUGUUUUGAAAGAUAAAAGGGUAAAAAAAUUAUGAAGUAGCAAAAUAUAAAUCAUAGAUAUGGUCCAGUUACUAUUUCAGGCA